AUGCCCACUCGAGAGUAUAAUUAUGCGGAGGGUUUUAGUGAAUAUGGCUCAUUAGAUGAGGAUGAUUCAGACAGAGAACCUGAACAUCGGGACCACAACUCAAGGAAUCGAGCUGUAGCCACAAGUCCAGUAGGUACAUCAAGACAUGCUGCAUUAAAUAGGUACAUGAUUCCAGGUCAUAAUAUCAACCCUCUUUUCAGAGCAACAGAAGCUGUUCAGCCUCCCAUAGUGCCUACAUCAACCUCUGCAUUGACAACGGAAUCUACUAGUGGAUUAAAUCACGAAAGGGUAAAGGAACCUCCUGAAACAAAUUUCAAUGCAUUCCUCAUAUCACAGUUGACCAAGAUGGAGGAGCAAAAUUCGAACCUAAAAGAAGAACUCAGUCUAAUGAAAAAAGAACAAGAGCUUUUCUUUCUAGAGAACCAAAAGAAGUUAGAGAAGGGAUUUAAAGACAUCAAUAAGUAUGUUGAAGAUGUUUCUGCAAUGAAAGAAGUCUUCAAAGAGGUGGUUGGUAUUAUGACGGGAGAAAGAAUAAGAUUCAUAGAUCAUACCGGAGAAAAUGUUACUGCCCAGGAAGCUGCUCGUAUUGGAAAUCCAUCAACUAUUGCACAAAGUAAUCAGAGUCACUCAAGACUAACGAGUUGGCAAGAAUACGGUAUGCAUGCAAGCAUAUUAGCCGGUGAUCCUCGUAUCAAGCCUGAACCAGGGCUAUCUGACUUUGAAAAUGGUGACUAUGACGAUAACAAUAGUGAUGGUAGUGCUAUUGGCGAUGGUGUUACUACAAACAACUCCAGUUCCACUCGUAGCGCUGAUGACAUUAAUGGCCAACAUGAUGGAGCUGGAAACGAAAAUAUUAGCAGGAACGGAGGAGGGAAUGUCGGAACGUCUUAUAGACUAAACCGUGCUAUCCAGAAUGUUACAGACGCAGCUCGUGAAUAUUUCGAAGGUUUACCGGGACAGCCGUCAGUUCUUUCCCUUGAGAGAAGGUAUGGCUCUACUUGGAGACGAUCUGCCAAAGAAAGAACUCUAUUCACUAAAAGAAUGACCAUCAUCAAGAGAAUAAUUGAUAUAAAAGAUGAUCCAAGUAAAUAUGGUCUGUUGCUCCCGGAUAAUAAAAUAAAAAGGAAUCAGGCUAUCAAAGUUGUGGAGAAUAUCCGAUUAGGAAACAAUACGUUCAAAGGACAUCAUUGUCGAUUAUCAAUGUCGCAGUUAUACGAAUAUUUCUCCAAGAAAAUGGACAAACUGGAAGACUAUUCGCUCACUUUAAAGAGAAGAGGUAAACCAAGAAGAAUUUUUUUGUUGGAAGAGAGAGAAGCGAGACUAUCAUUACAACAGCCACACAGUAUACCCAAUUCUACUAUGAGCACGCCAGAAAACGAUCACGACGCUUAG